AUGGCGAUGCAUGUUCGACGUCAACAAAUACCCGUCGGUUGGGCACGUGAUGAGAUACUAGAUAGUGACGUUCAGAUGCCAAUCGGCCUACUCGGUAUACCAUACGAUAUAACGUUCCAUAUCAAGGUAGUAACGAUUAAAACCAAGAUUGGAGGCUACAUUGGUGACUGGAUAGGGCCAGAUAAUACAAUCGUUAGGAACGAUGAUGAUUUCAAUUCUACGCCGAGGCCUAUAACCUUAACCCUCGAAUAUACCAUCAGGCGGCAAAAGGAUCCCACUAAAACCGGGGCCGGGACGUUGCUGAAGGCGGGUAAGCUGAUAAUAAGCGUGUCGAAAUUCCGCCUCUUCGGGGAUCCGGAGGAGGUCUACUUUGCCGAAAGCAACAUGAACGGUAGCAACUUGAAACAACAGACGAUAAAGAUUGCAGACGCUACACCAAACCCAAAGCUUUUUAUUUCUUUAAUUCCAAACGUCAAAGGAAAAAAAGGGCUUGGUUUAGCGCUGUCGUAUAUGAAGGCAGAUGAAGUCCCCGACAUUGAAAAGGCCAUGGGCUUCCUUCUGAGCGGUCUCGAAAUUGCGGCAAAGAUAGGUAUACAGAUCGCGCUCCCGGGUAUCGGCACUGCAAUCGUUAUAGCCAUUGAAAUCGUCGAAAACAUAGACCUUGUCGUAGACGUGGUGGCGGCUUUUAAGAAAGUGUUCGAUGUUUUGGAGACUUGUAACGUCAAAAAGGUCGCCAAUGCUCUGAGGGAUCUGUUUGACAAAUAUAUUGCUUUCGGGUUCGCAGUUUUCAGCAUUGCUCUGAAUGCUAUCGGCCUGUCUAAGGUUAGAGAAAUGCCAUACUUGGUCAAUAAACUGCACGUUCUGUUCGCCCAAAGUAUACCUCGCAGCCAAUGGCCCAAAGCGGUGGGUAAAGACUUUAGUAAACAUAUCUCUUCCCAAGUUGCCGAAGCACUUCUUACCCUUAUUCCAAUUGAGAAAGCUACCGCUCUUAUGUGUCCUAAAACUACAUGA